AUGAGCUAUCAUCAGAAUAUACGUUACGGUACGAAUGGUCAAGGCCAAGAGCCGUCGAGCAUUCCUAGACCGACUUCAUCAGGUCAGAUUCUUGACCAAGACGGUCGAUCAACUACUGGGCGAGCUGAUCUUACGCAGCUACAUCCCCAAAGUAAUCCACAGAUUUAUUACCCGGGAUUUUCAGGCUACGGAACUCCGCAUGGCCAUCCGCAACCGUAUUAUGGCUCAUAUAACCCCUACUACCAUUCAGGUCAGCAAACAGCUCAAGCAUACGGUGGGAAUCCAUAUUAUGGGUACGCUGCAGGUUAUCCUCAAGAGGUACAUAGACUUUCUGAAUCUACCGCUCUGCAGACUUCUCAUUUCGUUGAUCGUACCGACUAUGAUGAUAGCAAAGAAAGCGAUCGAAGUAACGAUAAAGAGUUGGUAUCACACGGUAAGGAACUACUCAAGAGUGAUGAUGCAGAAAUCCUGAAUAAAUCAAUAAAGCUGAUAGAACCACUCAAGGAUGAAACUGCAGCUGUCAAGAUCCCAAGCACAUCCAUUACUUUAGAGUCAGAAGAAGACAUUGAGAAAUGGAGGGAAGAAAGGCGCAAAAUGUGGCUCUUAAAAAUAUCGAAUAAUAGAGAAAAGCAUAAGCUGGACUUAGGAGUUGAAGAAAAGGAGCUAAAUAGUAACACUUCAUUCCAUAGUGCCAAAAAGGAGAAGCAAUUCAUUCAAAACAUUCAGAAUCAGAUAAACCGGUACAACCCUAAUCCCAACUUGAGUUUAAAAUUGAUUCAAAGAGAAAUGGCGGAGCAAAAUACAAGCCUUUUGAAUUUCAUAAGGGAACUAGGAGAUGCAAACCUGUUAGAGUAUGAAUUAACUGAAGAAGAAAAGGAGAAAUUGUUUGGAAAUAACAAUAAACAAACCAGAACGAAAUCUGAUCACGGCAAUAAGCGAAGCGCAUAUGUGCGUGGCGGUGCUUCCCGUUAUGAGGGAAACGUCAAAAGACAAAACGUUUCUACUGAUGGCGAAUAA